AUUUAAAAAAAAAAACAGAAAUCACACACUUCUCUGAAAUCCUUAUGUUUUUUUUUUUUGUUUUAAUUAAAUUAAAGCUCGAUUUGUAGUAUAGGCCUGAAUCACUCUCUUUGUGAAAUAGGAUUUUUUAUCCGCAUGCAUGAUUUAAGUGAAAUUCAUUCAGUUAAUCUCUUUUCUAGAUGGUAUUGUGGCUGCAUAAAGAAAAUGGCUUUGCUUUUCGACCCCCCCAAAUAUUCAAAGAAAACAUGAACAACAUUCACGCCCUAUACCUGCUUGUGAGGAAGCAAUACACAGUCUGCAAACACGCUUAUAUACGUAACAAACAUAGACACGAAGGUCAUAUAUUGUAUUUGUGUUCCUUAUUCACAAUACUGCAGCAAUUAUAUAUACAUAUAUAAACACACACACACACACAUUUAUAUAUCGGAGUGUGCUGCAUGUUAUUGAAUUCGUUUCUAUGACAGGAUGAUAUUCUAUUGUUUUGGUGUUGCUGUUUGUCAAAUGUUGAGAUGCAUGUUUCUGGUUUGGUUAUUAACAUAAACAUCGCAUAGAGCAUGGCAUUAUAUAUGUGAAUUUGUUUAUGCAGAACAAAAAAAAAGUAGCUUAAAUCUAGAAAUAAAACGAACGGUUUAUUUCUUAUGUCUCGCUUGUUGUAGCCCUUCGUGUUUUGUAAGCGAGCAAAACUCUCCCCGAGAAACACAUUAACGAAUUACAGCAACUCUGGGAAAUUGGACGCGGCGUUUCGUUUUGUAAGCUCCUCGCUAUUAAAAUUGUGUCUUACAGUAAAAGGAAAAAAAGAAAGACAGAAACCCGCCUGGAUGAUAAAGGGAAAUAAAGCAGUCAGUGAAAUUGUUGUAAAUUAUAUUCAGCCCAGGUCCAUUUGAUAUGAGUGCUGUUGAAAAGCUCUUCUGUGGCUUAAGAAGAAUGGAUCUCCUUGAGAUGUUCUGGAGACAAUGCUUUUAAAUCAUAAAUUAAACAUAUAAGCAUAAACCAUGCAUGUGCUUGAAUCCGUGCUUCGUAUCGUACAGUAUGACCAUGGCUAUCUUUUUAUUAUCUAUUGCAAGUAAUCUACAAAAUGUGUCUCCGUAUGUAUUUUCCUUUAUAUUGUUGUCUCUAUCAUAUAAAUGAACCCUCCCAUGCAUGUCUCAGUGCUGUACCCAUAAUGAACAAGAUCAAUUCAUAUGAGAUCCUCUUUUCGUGCAAAAGAACACAUACGUGUUACUGUAUCUCUAAAGCAAUUCCAUGUAACUAUAAUUAGGUUGUAAAGUCGCAGCAUAUUUAAUAUUAAAAGCGGCACUGCAGGGGGCGGAGCCUGCGGAGGACCGGCUGUCUGAUUCGGCAGCUCGCAGGAAGUAGCCCCCGAACGUUGUUCUGUUUGAAAAGUCAAUUGAGAAGGACUCUUUUGCCUUCGCCAAAAUAUGUCCCUGCAAUGUCAUGCUCCGAAAGACCCGUUUUCAGCUCGUUUUCGGUUCACUCUUUAAUAAGUGGAGGUGCUAAGGGGCCACCCUGCACCGCCAGUCAACCGGCAGGUUUUGUCCAAGACUACCGUGUCCAAAAUUAUUGGGGAUCAGUGCCAAGUCCAACCAAAGCGGGGGAAAUGAAUCAUCACCACCACCUCCAGCAGCAGCAGCAGCAGCACGACGUGGGGUUGCCUGCGCGCCAGUUCCUCCAGGGGAUGGUGAACUGGGCAGAGCACCCCCAUGCCAGCCGCGGACAGCAGCUCGGUCCUUGCCCCUACACCAACUCUAACGGAAAAGACGAGUCCUCCUAUUUCUUUUUUGACACAGACAAACCUUCAAAACCUUUGCCAGACGUUUCCGCCUUUACGAGGCUAAUGUCAGAGAUGGGCUCCCUGAGCAGCGCCAGCGAACCAAUUCAAGGCUGCUUCCGUCCAGACCAGUCCUACACUGCCGUCAAACCCGUCGAAUACACCCAGCACCACAUACCUCCCGCUGCCCACUCGCUCUCGUCAAACUCUGUGGCGGUCACUCGGCUGUUUAGUUUAAGCUACCCAGAGCCACAGCAGCUGUGCACAGAUUCUGAUAAACGGGACAGCGACGACCUGUCUGUUUGUGAUUCUGUCCGUCUACCUCAGAAAACCAAUAACAAUAACAACACGAAGAAGCAGGAAGCCGAGGGACAUUUACUGCAACAGGAGCCCCCUUCACAGUUUCCUGAAGACGACAAAACUCUUGGCCAGGAUACGCAAGAGCACACGGGGGGUGAAAAUGCAACAAGCAGCUGGCUGACAGCAAAGGCUGGAAGGAAAAAGAGAAGCCCUUACAGCAAACACCAGACCCUGGAGCUGGAGAAGGAGUUCCUGUUCAACAUGUACCUGACUCGAGAGCGCCGCCUAGAGAUCAGCCGCGGCGUCGACCUCACAGACAGGCAGGUCAAAAUCUGGUUCCAGAACCGCAGGAUGAAACUGAAAAAGAUGAGCCGGGAGCACAGGGUCCGAGAUCGGACCGUACACUUCCCAUAUGAGUCCAGUGGAAUCUGAAACACGAAUUGAAGCGAACACGCAACCAGACAAACAGACACUUUCUAGAUAAAUACAGACCCGUGUAUGAUUCAUUCGCAGACUUUCUAUAAACACAUGUAGAGACGUGGUACCAAAAGAAGGGUUCUCUUGUGCAAGCUGUAGGAAAGUGAUUCCCACGGGAGGACAAAGAAACUGAAAAUAACAUUUGCAUGAAGAUAUGUUUACUUCUCACGUCGAACACGGUUCGCGUUUUGUCCUAUAUUCUGAACAGUCUAAACGAUGAUAAUAUUCCAUGUAUUUUUGUAUAGGUUCUGUUCGUUCCAAGUAAUUAUGUUAUUAUUC